GAUUUUACAAGCGACGACAACAUCCAAGUCUCAUUCGUUUCGUUUCAUUUGAAAAUUGGCAUUCGUUGGGUCGAGACACAGGUUUUAUUCUUUGCCUUAACGCGUAGUUUCUUUCCAUUAACAAAGCAGAAGUGUGCAUUUAUCUACACAACUUAAUAAAAAAAAACAAAUAUUAUUAAAAAUGAAACAACAAUUUGGAAUCCUGACCAUUUUCAUUGUAGCUGGAUUAUUUUUGGAUAAUAUCAAUGCAUUACAGUUUACCGAUUGUGGCUCCAAAACGGGCAAAUUUACAAAAGUCUCGGUCUCCGAUUGUGAUACAACAAAAAAUGAAUGUAUAUUGAAACGCAAUUCGACGGUGUCCAUUACCAUUGACUUUUCGUUGGCUGAAGAUGUCAAGGCAAUCCAAACAGUGGUGCAUGGCAAGGUGAUGGGUGUUGAAAUGCCAUUCCAUUUACAAAAUCCUGAUGCCUGUGUUGAUAGUGGCCUCAAGUGCCCAUUGGAUAAGGGUGAAACCUAUGAAUACACAGCCAGUUUGCCCGUCUUGAAAGCCUAUCCCAAGGUUAAUGUUAUGGUCAAAUGGGAAUUGAAAGAUCAAAAUAAUGAGGACAUUGUAUGUGUAGAAAUUCCCGCCAAAAUUCAAUAAAUCCUGACUUCAAGGAGUAUUAUACAAAACCAAAAAAAAAAAAAAGAAUUCUCAAAUCUACAUUAUUAUUUUUAAUGAAAAAAGAAAAUAAAUGUUUUAUGUUUUAUAAAUAA